UCGUCCCUAGGGACGGGUGUAACCGCCUAGGGGAAGAUACGUCCCCAAGCCACGCCAGCCGGCACGUGGGCCGGGAGGCGUGGGCGCGCGCGCCGACCGGGCGGCAUUCGCGGGGAUGCGCAGCCCGGCUCGGAGCAGUUUCCCUUUUAAAUGUCAGCGUUCGGGACUGGAGGGGCAGCACGCGGCGGCGGAACGGAACGGUCGGAUUGGCCGCGCGCCGUAGUUCUAGACGCACCUCUCCACCGAAGGGCCCUUCUGACUGGCAGGGGGAGAAAGUAAACAGAGUUGAAUCACCCUCCCCACUGGCCAAUUGGAGGGGGCCUGGAUUGUGACGUGAUGGGAUUCUGCGAAAUUGUUACUGAGCUGGAGAAUGCCGGAGCGGCGCGGCGCGGCAGGACCAGGGGCUCGGUGGCCGUCGGCGGACGCGGGAAGAAGUGUCUUCUAAGCGCGGCGUCCCGCUCGGCCCCCGCCCCCCGCGUCCGCGUACUCGGCUGAUGCCCCGGGGCGUGAGCUCGGCGGAGAGACGGCCGAGGGCGUGCGCCUGCCUGGCAGUUGUCUUUCCCCGCGACUCGGACGCGUUUGCAGUCGAAUAAACUUGCGACCGCCACGUGUGGCAUCUCUCCAAGGAGGCGUCUCAGGAGGAGGGCGCGCCCGUGGUGGGAUCGCGCGGGGCGCCGGGCAGGGCGGCGGCGACAGCGGCGGAGCCGGCCGCGGCUGCUGCGUGCGGAGGCGCAGCCGGUUACGUAAAGAUGAGGGGCUGAGGUCGCCUCGGCGCUCCCGCGAGUCGCGAGCUCCCGCGCCCCCGCCCCCUCGGCCUCGCCGCACCGGGCUCGUCGUCCGCGGCCAAGGUAGGGCGAGCCGAAGCUCCGCAGACACCGUCAAGUUUGGCCGCACCGCCUGGGGUGCCGUCGCCCGCACCAUGUCCGCGGCCGCCUACAUGGACUUCGUAGCUGCCCAGUGUCUGGUUUCCAUCUCCAACCGCACCGCGGUGCCGGAGCAUGGGGGCGCUCCGGACACCGAUCGACUGCAACUACCUGAGCGCGAGGUGACCAAGGAGCACGGUGACCCAGGGGACACCUGGAAGGAUUAUUGCACACUGGUCACCAUCGCCAAGAGCUUGUUGGACCUGAACAAGUACCGACCCAUCCAGACCCCCUCGGUGUGCAGCGACAGUCUGGAGAGUCCCGAUGAGGAUAUAGGAUCCGACAGCGACGUGACCACCGAAUCUGGGUCGAGUCCUUCCCACAGCCCGGAGGAGAGACAGGAUUCUGGCAACACGCCCAGCCCGCUCUCCCUCCUCCACUCUGGAGUGGCUGCGAAGGGGAAACACGCCUCCGAAAAGAGGCACAAGUGCCCCUACAGUGGCUGUGGAAAAGUCUAUGGAAAAUCCUCCCAUCUUAAAGCCCAUUACAGAGUGCAUACAGGUGAACGGCCCUUUCCCUGCACGUGGCCAGACUGCCUUAAAAAAUUCUCGCGCUCAGAUGAGCUGACCCGCCACUACCGGACCCACACUGGUGAGAAGCAGUUCCGCUGUCCGCUGUGUGAGAAGAGGUUCAUGAGGAGUGACCACCUCACCAAGCAUGCCCGGCGUCACACCGAGUUCCACCCCAGCAUGAUCAAACGAUCAAAAAAGGCACUUGCCAGCCCCUUGUGAGGUGCUUCCCCAUGGCAGCCAGGCAGAGAUGGUCCCCGGAAAGACAAAGCUCCCAGGAAACAGAUGGACACAUGGAAGCCCGCCCCAGCCAAGGCGUGCUGGUCACAGGAGGUCACUACUCUUUGGUCACUAUUCUGAUACUCUCCCUGUACUGUUUCCAAAAAGCACAUGGUAGCCUAAGAUCAAAGUCAACAUUUGGUCCCCUUGCAGAGGCAACUUGGAACCGUCUCUUGACUGUUGGAGGGCAGGCAAAUGCUUUUGGUAUUUUCUUCUUUGUUUUUGGGGGGUGGGCGGGAGGGGGGGCAAGGCCAAGACUCGGGGUAGGCGUUUGAAGAUUCACACUGGUGUACAUACGUCUGACUGGGUGAGUUGACCCCUGGCCUCCCACAGUGACUCUGGGUCCUUGAUGCUUGUUGACUCUCAGAAUCGUUUCCUUCUCUUUUAAUGUACCGACCAGCGUGUUUCAGUUUGUUUAGCGGAACCACUCUCCUGAAUCACUUUAACGUUUGAGAUUUAAAAAAAAAAAAAAAAAAAAAAAAAAAAAACCCUCCAUAGCACAGCCGUCUUUUAUGCAAGCAAGAGCACACCUACUCCAGCAUGAUCUGUCAUCUAAAGACUUGAAAACAAACAAAAAAAGAGUUACUUAUAGUCAAUGGAUAAGCAGAGUCCGAAUUGACACUAAUCAAGACAGACCUUCGCGAGGUCACGAUAGUCCGGAGCUUUCCAGCCCUGCUUUGUAGGACUCGUACUAUCGGAACAUAAACCGCACUUUCGUUUUCUAAUACCGAGGGUGAGUAAGGUAAAUACAUGCUUUGAGGGUAGAAGCAGACGUUCUGUUUGGCACCACGUUAUAAUCUGCUUAUCUUUACAGUAUACUCGUUUCCCUGAGAACCCGUAGCAGAGAUGUGAGGGCAGAAUGUAUAAAACACAUGCUGAGGAGGAAGAGGAGGGGGGGGAGGUGUUUUGAAAGAUGCAAAAAAUGAGCAAACAGUUUGAGCUUUCAUGAAUUUGUUUGAAUUUCCCCAUCCUUUCAGAUGAUGUCAUCUUAUUAACUCUCAUGACACAGACCAAGAGCUUUCGGCUCUUUCUAGUGUUAGUUGAUAAAUGGGUGCAUAACCAUCGCCAGGCCUGGAAUGCCUGUUUUUGUUUUUGUUUGGGGGGGGGAUGUUUCUUGGUCGCCUUCCUGUGUUCCUGUGAGACUCCUACUAUGAGGUGUAAGAAUUAUAUCAAAGGAAAGGGAGCUGAAAGAUGGAAAAACAAAAACAAAACAAAAGUUUGCCCCCAUAAGUAGUAAGUAUGAAGGGAAGACACCACAAUAACUUCAGAGGAGACCCUGCAGAACAGCCCCCUCUGGUGAGCACAGGUCAGAGACACACCUGAGUGACAUCACACCACCAGCUGUCUGCAUCCGGAGCCCUUCCACUACGCUCGGAUCUAGGUGUCUACAAUGGCCUAAACCACUAUCUCCAUCCUAUGCCAUUUACUGAAAACGGCCAGAAAAACAAACUCAGUUUUCGUAGUUUAAAAAAAAAAAAAAAAAAAAAAAAGCAAAAAAAAAAAAACAAAAAAGCGAAAACGAAAAACUCAAACGAGGGGAGUCAGCAGCGAUCGCGGGGAAAUGUUUACAUCUUCUUCCUUCAGAAAGACCACUUUCUGACGGUUUUACCUGCUAUCUAGAACAGAGAGCUACGGUGCCCUCUAGUUUAGCCAUGUGCCGCACAUGGUGUGCAAACUCGGGGUUCUCACCUACGACGAGCUCCACAUUUCACCCGGCGAGGCUCACUUCCAUCCCGGCAGCGGGCGCUCCCGCAGCGGGCGCGGGGCACAGCUGACUCUGACUUCCAGUACCACAGCCAUCAUUAGCACAGUGUUUUCUGUUUAACCAAUGGAGUCGCAUCAGGAGUUCUAUCCAGAGAACUGCUUUUAACAUUAGGGACUGGGAGCAGUCCAUGAGCUAAAAAGGAAAGUGUUUUCUCACGAGAAAACAUGUCAGGAAAAAUAAAGAACACUUUCUACCUCUGUUUCAGAUUUUGAAACGCUUAUUUUAAACCAAAUUUUAAUUUCUCUGUCCAAAAUAAGUUUUCAGGACAUCUGUUCUUCCAUAUGAAAUAGGUCAGGCUGCCUAUUUCUUCCUGAGCUCAUGGAAAGGCUAUGCAUAGGGUCCUCUGCGCGCUGCCUUUUAGUGAGUGAGGAGUUUGAGGUCGCCUAGCAACUUGCUAACUUGUAUAAAUCCAGCUUUCCCUCACAGAAAGAAAUGAAGGAAAACACAGUCGGUGAAAGACAAUCUUCUCAUUGUUUCAGGAGUGAGUCUGUAUGUGGCUCUUGCCGAAUGCUUAGGUGGAUAGAAACGCAGCAACUUGUCUAAAAAAGAAAUACACAAUUCCUUCCCAGAAGAGUUGCUACUUGCCUUUCCAAGUUGUUGACAGACACACAUUUGAUAUUCUCUUCUAUGUUCUAGUAACGUAACGUAUCAACUCAAGGCUUUUUAUUCUUUGUGAUAAGUCCUGUUUUGCGUCUCAGAACAGGAGCCAGCAUCCUAAUUAGAUUUACUACACGGAGAUAUGGUUCAAAUAGGACUACUAGAGUUCGUUGAACACUAAAACUAUGAAACAAUUACUUUUUAUAUUAAAAAGACCAUGGAUUUAACUUACACAAAUCCAAAUGCAGGAUAGUAAUUUUUGUUUACUUUUUUAACCAAACUGAAUUUUUUGAAAGACGAUCGCAGGUGUUUAAAAAGAAAGAGAAGCCGUUUUAUCUAAUACUGUAAGUAGUUGUCAUUCAUGGGCAAUAUACUAGUUUUAGAGGUAAGGUAUCUCCUCUCCUUGGUUAGGGAAGAAGAAAGCCCUUCACCAUUGUGGAAUGACACCCCUGGCUUUAAGCUCCACAUCACGCUUCUUUUGAGAAUUAUAUUUGGUAGUUACAAUUACAGAAACCAGUUAGUUUGUCAGUUUGCAGAUAGGUUUAGCAGUACUCAUCGCUCUGGGUAGAUAAGAUGUUCUUUCACAGCGGAUGAAUGGUCUGUAACACUGUAAGAUACUGAUCUUUACAACUGUUUAAUCAGUUUUAUUUUUGUACAGUAUUAGUGACCUAAGUUAUUUUGCUGUCCCGUUUUUGUAAAUCAAAUGAAAUUAUAAAAGAGGAUUCUGACCGUAGGUAUUUUGUACAUAUGUAUAUAUGUUGUCCAGAUAAAAAUAAUAAAUGAUGAAGAUUAAA